GAAUCGUUACUGAGGGACACAGAAUCGUUACUGAGGGACACAGAAUCGUUACUCAGGGACACAGAAUCGUUACUGAGGGACACAGAAUCGUUACUCAGGGACACAGAAUCGUUACUCAGGGACACAGAAUCGUUACUCAGGGACACAGAAUUGUUACUCAGGGACACAGAAUUGUUACUGAGGGACACAGAAUCGUUACUGAGGGACACAGAAUUGUUACUCAGGGACACAGAAUUGUUACUCAGGGACACAGAAUUGUUACUCAAAGACAGACACAGAAUUGUUACUCAGGGACACAGAAUUGUUACUCAGGGACACAGAAUUGUUACUCAGGGACACAGAAUCGUUACUGAAGGACACAGAAUUGUUACUCAGGGACACAGAAUUGUUACUCAGGGACACAGAAUCGUUACUGAGGGACACAGA